GAUUCACGUAAACCACUCUACCUCCACAAUGCACGACGACCACCCCCACCCCCUCCUCUCCCAAGUCCCCCUCGCAGUAUCCCCCUUCAUCUCGCUCCCCACCGCCGUGCCCCUCCCCUACUCCUACAAAACCCUCCCAUCGACACUCCCGCCCUCUAUCCUGCAGCCCCCGCAAAGCCAAACCCAGGACCAAAACCAAACACCCGCAUACGUCGUCUCCUCAACAGGCACAACCGCCACGCCAGACCAGAUUCUGCAUUCUUGCGUCGCGCUGCAGAAACAUCUAGCGGAGAUACGGGAUGGGGCCGCGAGGGUGUGGGGGGAGUGGGUGGAGAGGAGGGGCAGGGAGGAACUGGUGGAGAGGAGGAGGGUCGCGCCGGGGUGGUUGGAUAGUGGGGUGCAUUUGAUAAGGCCGGAGGCUGUGGGGGGGAGGGAGGAGGAGGGGGAGAAGAUGGGGGGUGAGGAGGAGGGUGUAGCUGGGAGUGGGACUGGGAGUGGGAAUGGGCGGGAUACGCAGGAGGGGGAGGAACUGGAUCGCGUGUUUGGGGGGUUGGGUGUUAAGUAA